ACCAGCAAACAAACACCACCCAAACCAAAACAACAAAAACUCCAACAACAACAAAACAACAUAGCCAAAAGCCCAUCUCUGUAGGAGAGGAUGUCUGGAGGGGCAACGUUUUCUGCUUGGGGACAGAAUCAGAUGUUUUUGAAUCCAGCUCAAUCAGAGAACCUGAUUGACAAGGCUGUCGUGUUAUGACGACCCCCAACAAAGGAAACAAGGCCUUGAAGGUGAAGCGGGAGCCAGGCGAGAAUGGGACCAGCUUGACAGAUGAGGAGCUGGUGACCAUGUCUGUGCGGGAGCUGAACCAGCAUUUACGAGGCCUGUCAAAGGAAGAGAUCAUCCAGCUGAAGCAGCGCCGGCGCACGCUGAAGAACCGGGGCUACGCGGCCAGCUGCAGAGUCAAGCGCGUUACCCAGAAGGAGGAACUGGAGAAGCAGAAGGCAGAGCUGCAGCAAGAAGUGGAGAAGCUGGCCUCUGAGAACGCCAGCAUGAAAAUGGAACUCGAUGCUCUCCGCUCCAAAUACGAGGCUCUUCAGAACUUCGCCAGAACCGUGGCCCGGAGCCCUGUGACCCCUGCACGGGGGCCUCUCACCUCCAGUAUGGGGCCCCUGGUCCCUGGCAAGGUUGCUACUACUAGUGUCAUCACAAUAGUGAAAUCCAAAACGGACGCCCGGUCUUAGUGAAGCGAGUGUUGCCUGAGCUUGUCUGUGCAGGGCAAUUAGGCACAAAACCAGCCUGGAAUCCCCAAAGCACAAACCCUCCCCACAUGGGUCCGGGUUCCUUCUACUUGGCCCAGGACUGGCCUGCUGAUCACUCCAGUUUUGUUUUGUUGUGUCCAGAUUGGUAUGAGCAGUGGUGAUGCGUCCCUUGUCCUGUGCAGACAGAGCCUCCCACCCAGCAGUCUGUAGCCCUCGGGUGCCCUUGGGACAGACUGCAAGAUCUUGGUUUUCUAGCCAAAGAAAGUCUGUGCAGCGUGUCAGAAGGGCUGGGGGAAGGUCUGGAGGGAGGCUUUCUUCCUUGGGGGCCGGGAACCCUAGUCUUCGGUCACUUCCAAAGGCUUUAUUUCAUUGCUCUUCCAGGUGGUGCAUCUCAGUGCCUGACUGUCAGGCACCUGAACCUGCUGCUUUUGUCUCCUUUGGUACCUGUAGUUGCAGUUGGGGUGUUCUGUGUCAUAGGUUUUUAUUCCUUUCUAGGUGUGCCUCUGUGCCCUAACAGUGGGUUUCCCUCAGACGUCCGUUGCAUUAGCUGUGUAAACUAGCAGUGGUGGAAGGGAAGAUGCUGUCAUGUCCAGCUGCUUCUGCCCUAGUGCCAGGGAAGAAGCUGUGACAGGGCCCUCAAUGGGGGCCCAGCA